AUGGAGCUCAAAGGUCAAGUAGUUGAUGAUUUUGAAACUCACUUGGGGAUCAAGGAGAGAUGGAUGCCAACACACCCUGAAUGUGUGAGAGUGCAAUCAUAUAUUGUGAAUGUGCAAUACCAUAAGGCUGUUGAUGAUGUGGAGUGUCUCAUUAUAAUGCACCUGCUUGAACUUAUGAAACUUCAGAUGAGUGGUUUAGGUAAGUUCUGA